CGCCAUUUUAUUUUCUGUUCGCCCGUGAAUUCUUUGUGUAGUUCAGAACGGGAAUUUGUGCGCGAAAAUAAGAUAGUUUCAUCACUUUGAAUAAAUUAAUUUAUUAAUAGAACUUUAGUAAUUUUAUAGUGCUUGUAUCUUUUUUUUAAUAAACACAUAAUAUUCAACGACAAAAUGGUUGAUAAAAUUGAUAUGAGUUUGGACGACAUAAUUAAAAGUCAAAAGCCAAAAGCUGGUGGCGUGCGUGGUGCCAGUGGACCUCGUCGUGGCGGUGGAAGACCAAAUCGCGGCGGCGGUGGUGGCGCCGGUAAUACUGACGGACGUCGUAAGCCCGCUGGUGGAGCCACGUUGAAAGGACGUGGUAGAGGAGGUGGAAUACAAAAGGCGAAAUUCGCAAGGGGCGAUGUAAACAGCGCUUGGAAACAUGACAUGUACGACGGACCAAAACGUGGUAUUUUGAAAGGAUCAGGUGAAGUAUCAAAAUUACUCGUCUCCAACCUGGAUUAUGGUGUAUCGGACUCGGAUAUUCAGGAGUUAUUUGCCGAAUUCGGCCCGCUGAAGAAGGCAGCCGUACAUUAUGAUCGCUCUGGACGGUCUUUAGGUACCGCUGAUGUUGUAUUUGAACGCCGCUCAGACGCACUCAAAGCUAUUAAACAAUAUAAUGGUGUACCUUUGGAUGGACGCCCUAUGAAUAUUCAAUUAACUACAUCCGACGUUUCUGCUUUGACAAGAGUUGGUCGUGUCGGUGGUGGAGGUGCUGGUGCUGGAGCGGGCGGUAGUCCUGUCAAGCGUAGAACUGGAGCAGCCCCACCUGCCAGACGUGGAGCAAACAACGCAGCACGCCGCGGCCCACCAAAUCGUAAAGCGCCAGUUGGAGGAAAACGCGGCGGGCGCACCAAAGCCCCUGAAAAGACGGCAGCUGAAUUAGAUGCCGAGCUGGAUGCAUAUGUUAAUGAUAUGAAAAUUUAGAAAUAAUAUAGAAAUUAUUAGCUAAGACUCGACUUUAAUACUUACAUAUUGACUUUGACUUAAAAAUAUUUGAAAUAAAUGUUACAUGAAUAUUA